AUGUCGGGUACAAUGCGGGACAAAACAAACGACAAGCAGGGCUUUCGGUUUACGUGGCCGUUCCCUCAGAAGCCGUCACUCACAUAUCGAAUCAAAUCGUACUUGACAAUGGGCUUCGUCACUGCCGUAGCAAAAAUUAUUUUUCUGAGAGGUUUGCUAUUACUGAUUCUAACAAGCAACCAAAAACGAAAAAUAGUUCAGGAGCCAACAAACUGAUCGCCCACAACAAAGAGGCGUUCGUCAAGAUUCUGGAGAAUAAGGAGCAGCCACUCAUCACCGUCUCCAAUCACCGCUCAAACAUAGACGAUCCGCUCAUGUGGUGCAUUCUCAAGUUCCGCGAAUUCUGGCGGUUCAAAGACCGUCACCGGUACACGCUGGCCGCUCACAAUAUCUGUUUCACAAAACAAUUCCACACGACGUGAGUGUUUAUUUCCCUUCUAAAUACUUACAAAUUCGAUCCUGUACUAUCUUCCAGAAUGUUCUCCUUGGGCCGGUGUGUUCCGUGCGUUCGUGGCGAAGGAGUCUAUCAGAAAGGCAUGGAUCAUUGCGUGGAUAUGCUGAAUGACCACAAAUGGGUACACAUUUUUCCGGAAGGAAGAGUGUGCAAGCAUUCCGAAGAGCCGCUUCGGUUCAAGUGGGGAGUCGGAAGACUUGUGAUGGAUACGAAGACCGAUCCGCUGAUCCUCCCGAUCUGGUGCAAGAACAUGGAAAGUGUGUGGCCCAUCCAACCGCCCUACUAUCCACGGUUUGGAAACGUGAGUGACUUUCUGAAUUUCAAUCAGCUACAUACACGGCGAAAUAUUGUGAACAUGCUCGGGCCCCUUUUUAUCGCUCCUUAUCGAAAGCCGUGCCCCAUUAACACGCGGGUGUGCCGCUACGCAGCGACACAAUGCGGGCGGGAAAUUCAAAGAAUGUUCACAAAUGCUCGCCGUGUAUAACAUUUGUUCUUCAGAAAGUUGACGUGCACAUCGGCGAACCCUUCUCCCUUUCGAAUCUCAAACAAAAGGUUCUCUCCAAAAAAGAGACUUUGAGUACGGAACAAAUGCGGAAGAUAAUUACUGAUGAAGUGCAGAACCGGAUGUACGAACUGGGAGAAAAAGUCGGUGACCUUCCGGAGGGAUCGGCGCGGAACGUCUUGCAGAAAAACCCGCCAAUUAAAUUCUAA